AAGGUCUCAUGUUAUAUGUCAAAGGCUGAGCUCCAGGGGUGAAGUGCAGUCGCCGAUUGCAGGCUGUGCUUUUCCAAGUCUUACCAGAUAAUCUACUGUCUGUAGUUUGCAGUAGCUCUAUUUUAUUUUUUGCUCAAGAUGUUGUGCUGGGCUUCACAUGGCGAAUUACUGACAUUGUCUGGCAGAGGCUGCCUCCUCUCAUCUGUCAUCUGGUAGCAGUUGGGUUCAGAGCGACUACCAGACAGUGAGCAAGGUCAAUGCAAGAACACCAGCCUGACACCAGGACUGAAGACGUCUGCCGCAAAGGUGAUUGUAUGUGACGAACAUGGCUGACACUUGUGAUAAAUGGCAGCAGAGAUGUUGUGGUGAGAGGAGUGGGGUCCAGCUUCAGUUCAUCAGUGGCUCCAGCAGCGUUUCCACCUCUAAAACCACCACCAUCCGUCUUCGGGACAUUUAUGACCCCAAGCCUCAAACGCCCAAACCUCCUGUUCGGAUCCGCCCUCCGCCACCCAGAACCCCCGCAGUGAAGGAGCCCAGUUUAACGCCCGGCUCCACCACCGAGCCCCCGGUGAGGACGAUCAUGAGGAGACGAGCUCAGUCUCUACCUUCGUCUGCAGAGAGGACGAAAGGGCUCCGGAGCCCGCAGGUGCGCUUCGUGGACUCGCUGGGCCUGGAGUUAGAGGAAGUGAAGGUCUUCAAAGUUCAAGAGCACCCAUUGAUCCCCCAACACGUUAUGUUCAGACUCCUGAUGAGCUCUGAGCUGGCUUUUCGGAAGUCCCAGGAGCUGUCCCUGCCGUACUUCAAACCCUGUUUCCCAGAAAACAUGGCAGCUCAGCCCGACUUCCAGAAGCGUCUCUGCACUCAGAGUGUGUGUCUGCAGCAGGUCCUGUGUUCAGAGCAGGGGAUCACAGGCACCAUACAGGUACUGAAUCUAGCUUAUGAGAAAAAGGUCACAGUACACUACUCUUUCACCAACUGGAGAACACAUACAGAGGCAGGUGCAUGCUGGGUAUCGAGUGUGAACCACGGGGAGCACGGCGCUCCAGAGGCAGACACCUUCAGGUUUCGUCUGCCGGUGCCGCCCUUCAUUUUGCAGCCAGGAGCUGUGUUGGAAUUUGCCGUCCGCUACCAUGUGAGAGGAUCUGAUUACUGGGACAACAACAAUGGACACAAUUACAAACUGUCGUGCCACAGCUACAAAGUGAUUGUGCCGAGGGAGUGUGAGGACAGCAUGCUGCAUUUUACCUGAGUGUCCACACGGGGGAGCUGUACAAUACUGUACAGAUUACCAAUGUGUCCUUUACUUUAGUAUAAACACUACUGGAAUUUAAUCAAGUAUUAACAUCAGUACUUCUUCUCCACUCCACUUAAUCUAAGAGCUAGAUACUAAUCAGAUUCUGAAUUUAAAUGAAAACCAUAUAUCUGUUUAUAAAGUAUUAAGUGUUGUCAGAGAUGACACAUACAAUUUUUGUAUAAACUUUAUCUUAACCAGUCACAACCUUUAAAUCAGAGGCUCUCACAUUUUUCUCUGCCAAGGACUACCUACAAGAGAAAACAUAUUCUGGGGACCUCCUCAUUUAUGUCAAGAUUCAAGAUUCAAGAGUUUAUUGUCAUAUGCACAACGAUUACAUUAAGCAGUCGCUUGCAAUGAAAUGCUUGGCUCACAGGCUCGCUUAUAGCAAUGCUCAGAAUAUUACAAGCAGAAAAAAUAUCGAGUAAAAUAAGAUAAAAUAGAAUAUCAAAAUUUAAAAUAGAAAAUAAAAUAUACAUAUCUAAAAUAUAUAUAUACACCUAAAGAAAAAAAGAAAAACAAUAGUGCAAGUGUGUGCAAUAGUGCAAAUAUGCUACGGUGCAGAGUUAGUGGAAUUAUGACAGAUUGGAGGAGUUUAAAAGUCUUAUGCCCUUGGAAUAUUUUGACAUGGCCUAAUACACUUCUACGUAUCAAAAUGUUUUCACCAUGUCAACACAGAAUAUCAAUAUAUCGUGAUCUUUUUAAUGGACGAAUCUGGAAACGUUUCACGGACCCCCUGAAAGUGUGCCACAGACCCCUAGGGGUCCUCGGACCCUCAUUUUAACAACCACUGAUUUAAAUUAUACUUACAUACUAACUCAUCAGUGAUUAUAAUUGUGUAAUGACAUCAAACUGCCCUGCUACUUGAUUGACUUUUUGAAUAAGGACAUUUACUUGUAAUUAAGUAUUUCAGUACCCCUGGUGGUUUCGUUAGUCACCACAGUGCGGUGAUGUAGGAGUGUAUCCCCGGGGCCCCAUGACAUCACAGCUGGAUGUGGAGAAAGCUGCAACAAAGCUUUUUUCGGACCUCACCUGUAUCAAAGCAUGUGUCUCCUGAGCAAACACAGCUCUGAUGACAAGUCGACUGGACAUCCUGUGUAAAGUUGGUGUAUUGGCCCUUUAAACCACUCCAGUGUGUUUGAAGUCAUACCAGGUUGCUGUGUUCCUGCUGGGCUUUCAUUUAGAUUAAACCCCCACCACCUCUGAACAGACCCACACAAGAAUCUGCUCACUCUGCACUCUAGCAAGUAGUGACUCAAUUUAAUGAUCGUCAGCGUGAUGUGGAAAAACAGUGUCGUCGUGUCUGAACACAAAGCAACAAAUCCAUAUUCUCUGUUGAUUUCACACAGAUGCAGACAAUGUAAUGAUCUGUUUGCAACCUGAGCAGUUUGUUUACCCUCUGAUAUAACAGUGUUUGACCUGUUAUCUUGUUUGUAAGUGACUGGUUCCUUCCCCUGACAGGGUCUGACCUUUCACCAGAAAAGUUUCCACUGACACCGCUGCCCAGAUUCCAGCGCUUUCUGGCAGCCUGCGAUGUUUGGCUCAUACGAGGACAUGCUUCUAUCUGCAUGAGUCACUGCAGCUGUGUGACGUGUUGCUCCAAACAUGAUCUCAGCUAUCUCACCAACCAGAAAUCUGCUGAGCAUGUCAGGUUUUUUCGACAUCAAUCAGAAAAAUUAUGGAAUGUUUUGUUAAGGCCACAGUUUGAGAUUCAAACAGUAGCUUAUUUAUCUUAUAAUGGUCUGUAGUGGGAAUAAGUCCAUUUUCUGAGAGAUGAUUUCAAUCUGUUUUUGAUGUCAAUGACUUUAUGAAUUAGCCAGAAUAAAUUGACACUCGUCUUACUUCUACGUCAAUCAAUCCAAUUUGAUUUGUAAAGCCCAUAUUCACAAACCACAAUUUGCCUCAUGGGGCAUAACAAGGUGUGACAGUGUGAGGAAAAAUGUAGAAACCUCGGAGAGAGUCACAAGUGAGGGAUCCCUCUCCCAGGACAGAGGGAAGUGCAGUGAAGCGUAAAGCAGAGAUGUAUUCUGUCUUCUUAUGAUUCUCGCACCCAACUGCAAAAAGAUAAUUAACUCAAGAUAUCAAUUAAUUCAAUACAGAGUCAUAUAUAGGCUCCAUUACUCAUUCUACUCAUCUUCCUCACCACUUUGUAUCAAAUGCAAACAAUCUGAUGGAACACUGAGUCAUGUGUCUUGGUUUUGUACAAAAGUUGGGUUUUGGAUGCUUUUCGGUAAUACAUAUGAUUAACCCUUACAGGCUGGUCACACCAGCUAGAUACUCUGAGUCAUUCAAAACGUGUGUAGAUCUAUUAUUAAGUGGUCAAUACUGAGAGAGUCCUACUUCAGGUCUGAAACAAUGAAAGAUGUCUCUUGACACUGGGCUCACAGAGUUCUCUAUGAGUUUUCUAAGUCACUGUGCGGCAGGAACCCUGUAGACACCUCAAUGGCUUUAAGUUUUUUUAAUAUACAUGCGAUUUAAACUUUGAUGUGAUUAUGGAUGACAGCCAUAGGUUCAUCUGUUUUUUGUUUUUUUUGUCGAAAUGUCUCUGAAAAUGCUUUUAAUAAAAACAACAUUUCUGCCUGAAAAGCUUGAAAA